AUGUUUAAUCUUUUAAAAAAUUUCCAUGAUUUUAUAAAAGAGAUAGAAUAUUUAAAAAUACAAAAUGAAUCUAAAAGCAUAAUAAAGCAUAAUAGUGGAUUAAAUAAAAAUGAUAUUUCAACAAAUAUAAAUGAAGAAAUAAUUAAAGAAAAUAAGAAGAUUAAUGAAAUAAAUGCUAAUGAUAUCAAAGAGAUUAAAUAUAAUGAGAACAUAGAUGAAAUCUUACAAAAUGAAAAUAAAAACGACAAUUUCAUUUUUCUAUUUAGUUCAAUUGGUAAAGAAUUGUUCAUUGAUAGUGAAAUAAUGCAGAAAAAUUCUCUGUUGAAAAAGGAGUUAGUAAUAAAAUUUGAAACCAAUUAUUAUAUUAUUUUAAAUAAAAAUAAAUAUGUUUAUUCAGUUGUAAUAAGAAAUAAUAAAUUAAGCAAAAAUAAUAAAUUAAUUUAUGUAUAUUCCUUAUGUGAAUAUUGUAAACAAAAUUAUCCUAAUAAUAUAAAUUUUUAUGUACAAUUUAACCUUUUUAAAAAAAAGUUUAGAAUACUUAAAAUUUCCAUUUUAAAUUUAAAUAAUGAAAUAUGGUGUUUCACUUUUUCGAAAAAUAAUUUGAAAAAUAAGUUAGAAAUUUUAAAUAAUUCAAAAUCUUUAUGUUUUAUCUUAUUUUACAAUUUAUUAAUCAAAGAAUACAGGAUAUAUGUAAGUGAUAUUAUUAAAAAAUUAAAAAAAAAAAAAAAAAGUAUUUUCUUUAUAGUUGAUAAUGAAGAAGAUAAAGAUUCAUAUGAGUGUAAAAAAGAGGAGGAAAAUAUAUAUGAAAAUAAAAAAUCAGAUAUUUUAAUUUAUAGUGAAUGCAAUUAUGAUACAGUGUUUUUUAAUAAAAUUUUUUCUGUUUUUAAUUUAUUACGAGAAGAAAAUGAUCCUUUUCUAAAAUUUUAUAAUUUAGAAAAUUACACGCGUAUUUUUAUAUAUAAUUGUGAAAACUUGAAUAGAAAUAGUUUUAUUAACUUUUUAAAGAGUUUUGAAAACUUUCAUAUUUAUUUAAUAAACCUAAAUACAUUAUUUGGUAUAUAUUUUAGUGAAACAGAAAAAAAUAUUUUAAAUGUUUUUAAAAAAUGCGAGAGAAUUUUAAGAAGAGGCAAAAAAAAUGUUGCCAUUGUUCUUGAUGGUAUAGACAUAAUUGCAAAAAAAAACACAUCAGAAGAAAAAGAAGAAUUGUUAGAUGAGAAUAAUGAAAAAUUUGAUAAUAAUAAUAAUAGUAGGAUAUUAACUACAUUAUUAUUAUGUUUAGAUAGUAUUGACAAUUGUACAGUAAAAAAAAAAAUUGUUCAUGAGAAAGAGAUAAAUCAAAGUAUAAAAAGUAUUAAAGAAGGUAAAAAGAAUGAAAAAAAAAAAAAUAGAAGAAAAAAAAAUUUGGUAUCAUUUUCAGAUGAUUGUGAUAAUAUUUCUGAUGAAUCAAAAAGUUCAAUUGUUCAUUCUUCUAAUAAUACAAAAAAAAAGAAAAAAUUAUCAGAACAAAUAACAUAUGACAUUAAAAAAUUAGAAAAAAUUUACAAAGAAAGAUAUAUUCGAUUAGUAAAGAGAAAAACAAAAAAUAAUAUAAGCGUUAUAGUAUUAAGUGAUUUAAAUUUAAAUUGUUUUGAUAUUUCUUUGAUAAGAGCUGGUAGAUUUUUUCAUUAUAUAAAAUAUUCAUAG